UUUAUGGUAUAAUUGGGCUUGUUCCAACGGCUUUUGUGGGCUGCGCUUAGAGUUACAUUGUGGUUAAGCCCUCAAUUCGGAGAGGAACACGCCACGCCGGUUACGUCACGUGUUAUAGAAUAAUUAUUAGUCAAUUAUUACUGUCAUACCAGACAAUAUCUAUUUUUCUCUCUCAAGAGAAGAGUCGGUCAUAUUUUUCUUCUAGGAUUCUAUCCGCCGCCUCGCAAAUAAGUCGGUUGACAAUCUCUCUCUAUAUAUCCUUGUAAUUAGAUAGUUUCUCCAGCCAUUCUAGCCUUCUUUUCCUCCGGGUAAGUAACGUGGAUUCCUUAAGCAGGGUUGUUUUGCCCAAAGUAUUGUCGAUCAGGUAUGUACAGCGUGAUGGCUCGGAUGAUCCGCCCCUGGUUGUAAGGAGUCUUGAUUCGUCAUCUCAGGGCUGAGAUGGCGUAGAAAGGAGUCUUUAUACGUCUUCUCAGGGAAUCUUGGCUCAGAUGGUGUAGAGGAGAGUCUUGACUCGUCAUCUCAAGGAAUCUUGGCUCAGAUGGCUAGGGUGCCAGAUGAAUUUGAAUUCUUGGCGUUGUUGGAUGGAUUUCCCUGUCAUAAUCAGAAGCGUCGAGAGCAAUACCCAUAGGAAGUUGUUGUUGUAUGAAGAUGUAUAGAGGUAUAGUUGGGGCAUAAAAGCCCUAAUAUCAGGGGUGAUGUCCCGUUUUAAAUUACUCUGUUACUGCUCUGGCCUUUGCCAUGUCGGGUGCGCUUGCAUGGCAGGUCCCUAUAUUUAAUAUAAAUUGGAUUUUUCGGGGUUUUGAGGGGGAGAUAGCACGGAUUUUUUUUUUGGCCCGGGAUCUCUCCCCUCUUGGUGUGUGUGUGUGUUUUAUGCCUUCUCUGAUUCUUGUUUUGCACGUUAUGCUCUGCAUCGUCAGAUCAGCAACCUCUCAACGAACUAUUCUUAAUUUGCCGCCCACCCAAAUAUAAGUCAAGGCAGAAGAAGAUUAUGAAGGUGAACGUUCAAGAUCGUCAGUGCUAACAACUCCAAAUCUAGUGCACCUAGUAUCUGUGGACAAAAUCUACUCGGAUUCAGAUAUGCAUAAUAGGCUCGUAAUUAUGGUUGCUUGGAUUCCUAAUAGACCUCAGCCAAUAUAGCAUGUUGAAUGAGAAAAUCAAAAGCCAAAUCUUUGGAUAUAUCGAAGAAUAUACCAACUUGAGGACUCUGAUUGAAGAUGAGGUGAGAGGAUGUAUACCAGAGAGAUCAAAAUGAAUUCUCGAGAUGGUCUGUGAAUACCCUAUAGUAUUUGCUAACGUGGUAAAUGGUGAUGAUCAAUUUAACUAAGAGAUGUUACGGCAAACAAAACGGCAAUUCACUUGAAUAUGUUGCAAGUUUAUGAAAACAUAUCACAUGUGCUUCCGAGAGGAAGUGGAUGUUAUUACAGAAAUUAUUUCAGUAGCUGAGGUGGGUAAAGCUCCAAGUCGCCAAUGAGAAGACACUUCUAAUUAGGCAUGCACGUAAUGUAGUUGCCAAAAUUCAACAGACAAUUAUAAACCAACACCUAAGGAACCUUUGUGGUCCACAAAAGCUUUCUGAGAUGUUGACUUGUUAAGGAGACGCGGGCCUGGUAUGGUGCAGUAUUUUAUACUUUCCUCCUCCUCUAUGGAGACGGACGGGAUGAAAGUUGUUCUGGCAAGUCAGAACAGAUCAUUGAUCUAAUCCAUCGGAGAUUCAAGGGAUAGCAGUAGUACCACCAAAUGUAAGUGUUUAUCCAACAAUGACUACACUAUUAGGUUGUGUAAAGACUGCAGAGAGGAGAAAGAUCAUUUGCCAUUGAGGGUGUAUAAGUGAUUCUUGGCAUUUGCCAAUUGUGAAUUUGAGAUCCGUGAAGCUUAUUGUAUUUUCUGUAGAGUGAUAGGCGGAAUAAGUUUAUUUGUUCCUCUAGUUUGCGUAUAUUAGAACUUGAUUUGUAGUGUUGGGCGGAUGAUAUACUAGUAAGGAUAUGUCUCAACUGACAGUGUUAUUGUGUUGGUUAUAUUUUAUAGACACCGGCACAGUAUUUUUAUGCCGAUACGUGGAUGUAUUGUUUCUUUAGAGAGGACGGUUGUAGGAGUCCACCUGUGUUACUGGAUUUGGACUCAAUAUUUAUGGUCCAUACAGUAUUUGAACUAAGGGAUAUUUAUGGUCAAUUGUGUUGACUAACGCAUGCAUAAUAUUUCCACUAUAAUCUCAAGUAGUUGAAGGAGAAAAGGCGAAAAUUUUACCAGUCAAAUUAUGUGUUCUUGAAACCCCAAGAAUUGGUAAAUUCGUUGCCUAAUUUUGAAGUUUUUAAAUGCUACGUACAGCGUGGGAGCUACUUGAACCUACCCUAUAAGGAAUCAUGUUCCGGAGAAAGUCAUCUCGCACAAUUCAGGCAGAUGAUUCUGCAGCCCGUGGUGCAAAGGUUAGCGAGUUAAGAGAGGCUGUUGGACCUCUAUCUGGGCGAAACUUAAAGUUCUGUACCGAUGUGUGUCUGAGGCGAUACUUAGAAGCUCGAAAUUGGAACCUUGACAAGGCAAAAAAAAUGCUCGAAGAGACUCUCAAGUGGAGAUCCACCUAUAAGCCUGAAGAAAUUCGUUGGCAUGAAGUGGCACAUGAAAGUGAAACUGGCAAAGUUUUUAAGGGUAAUUUUCAAGACCGACUUGGCAGGACCGUCCUAAUAAUGAGGCCUGGGAAACAGAAUACAUCAUCUCCGGAAGGUAAUAUUCGUCAUCUAGUCUAUCUGAUGGAGAGUGCUAUCCUUAACCUGCCAGAAGGCCAAGAACAAAUGUCUUGGUUGAUAGACUUCAAUGGAUGGUCAUUGAACACCAACAUUCCCAUUAAAACUGCAAGAGAUAUUAUCUACAUUUUGCAGAAUCAUUAUCCAGAGAGGCUUGCUAUAGUUGUUCUUUAUAGUCCACCUAGAUUUUUCGAGGCAUUUUGGAAGGUAGUGAAAUAUUUUAUUGAUUCGAAAACAUUUGAGAAGAUCAAGUUUGUGUAUCCCAAUAACAAAGAUAGCGUGGAGUUGAUGAAGACUUUUUUCGAUACUGAGAAUCUUCCAAGUGAGUUUGGGGGAAAAGCCACAUUGAAUUACGAUCAUGAAGAAUUUUCCAAAUUGAUGGCUCAAGAAGAUGUCAAGACUGCUAAAUUUUGGGGCCUUGACGAUCGAGGUGACAUCUCAUAGUGUUGUCACCUCCAAAAGCAAAGGUGAUGCCUGGCCAAAGACUGUUGCAUCAUGUGCAAGCUAAGCAAGUCCACAAUAACUAAACGGUGUAUUGUCAAAUCUUAUUUUAUAAAAUAAAAAUUCUUGAACAGUAAACAUAUGCCAAUAAUUAAAUGCAUGUAAUUUUGACUCA